UAUACACGGGAUACCUAAAAAUGACAGAACAUUUGUCAUUUUUCACUUUCAUCGCAAUAAUUACACUCGCAGUUGUUCAAAGUGCAGGCACAGUGAGUCCCCAAAAAAGUUUAGUUUGGGGCCCUGGUCUGGAGGCAGAUAUAGUUCUUCCAGCUCGAUAUUUCUAUAUUCAAGCUGUGGAAGAGGACGGUGGCAACUUCACUUCUUCACCAGGUGAAAAUAUAUUUACAGUGAAUAUUUAUUCUCCUGGAGAGCUGUACACUAGGAUUUGGGUGCAAGUACUAGAUAGAAAUGAUGGAUCCUUCCUUGUCAGGUAUAAAAUGUAUGCAAGCUACACAGAGCUGGUGAUACAAAUUCAAGCCCAGGAGGAACACGUGGAUCAUUCACCGUAUUUUAUGAAAGGUCCUUUGUACCACGAGUCCUGUGAUUGUCCCCAAGAAGAUGCAGCCAAAUGGUACAAGGACAUGCACUGCCCUCAGUCUUUUGCACAGAUACAGCAAGAUCUGUCUUAUUUUCCUUUUGUGGAUCCUGACAGAAUUGCUACAGAAAUUCCAAAGAGAUUUGGCCAACGACAAAGUCUGUGCCACUACACAAUAAAAGAUAAUAAGGUGUACGUGAAAACAUUUGGGGAACAUGUUGGCUUUCGGAUAUUCAUGGAUUCCAUUUUGCUCUCACUGACUCGAAAAGUAAAAAUGCAAGAUUUAGAGUUCUUUGUAAAUCUCGGCGACUGGCCUUUAGAAAAGAGAAAACCUACAGAGAAGCUUCACCCUAUUUUCUCCUGGUGUGGGUCAAAUAACACAAGAGACAUUGUAAUGCCAACUUACGACAUAACAGAUUCAGUUCUAGAAACUAUGGGACGAGUAAGUUUGGAUAUGAUGUCUGUCCAGGCCAACACAGGUCCUCCUUGGGAAAGGAAAAACAGCACAGCUUUUUGGAGAGGGCGUGACAGCCGAAGAGAGCGACUUGAGCUUGUGAAACUCAGCAUCAAGCACCCCGACUUGAUAGAUGCUGCAUUUACAAACUUUUUUUUCUUCCAACAUAAUGAAAGUGUUUAUGGUCCAAUAGUAAAGCAUGUGUCGUUUUUUGACUUUUUUCAGUCUAAGUAUCAAAUCAAUAUUGAUGGUACGGUGGCAGCGUACAGAAUGCCCUAUUUGCUGGCGGGCAAUAGUGUGAUCCUGAAGCAAGAAUCAAUUUAUUAUGAGCACUUCUACAAUGAACUACAACCAUGGCAACAUUACAUUCCUUUUAAGAGUGAUUUAAUUGACCUCUUGGACAAACUUCAAUGGGCAAAAUCUCAUGAUAAAGAGGCCAAAAUUAUCGCAGAAGCUGGACAAGAUUAUGCUAGGAAGAAUCUUAUGGGAGAUCACAUCUUCUGUUACUAUUUUAAACUUUUCCAGGAGUAUGCUAAUCUUCAGAUUAGUGAACCAAAAAUACGGGAUGGUAUGGAACUAGUGGAGCAAACCAAAGAUGACCUUUUCCCUUGCACAUGUGAUAGAACAAAGAUCAAAGAUGAACUUUGACCAUGAAGAUGAGGACUGACAGAAAAAUAAAGAACAGACACAAAUUGAUCAACUUCUAGUUUAACUUGAUACAUAUUGAUACAAUACUAAGCAUUAUUGAAGACUUGUUCAUGCUGCUAUAAAGACAUGGGAGAAAAGGGAUCAGCAAUGUCAAAAGAAGCCAUUUCAUACCUGCAACAAAAAUGUAUUGCUCAGUAAAGUAAAAACCAAAGUUAUUUAAAUUUAGGUUUUAUUAACAACAAACCAUUCCAAAUUUGAGUGUUUGGUUUUUGAGUGUCAUUUAAACUAUUUCAAUGUUAAAUACAGGAAUAUUCCUUUAUUUCUUUAAUUGCAAGGAAGUGGAACCUUUCUUCCAGUUUAUGCUGUUGGCUGGGCCAUCUCAGGUGCUGGAAAGAGAUGUGGCACGACCGAGAUGAAAUUUCAAUUUCCCUUUACCUAACCUAAAAAUUGUUCUCAACUCGAUUCUCAGAAAAGCACUAGCAUGUUUUCAUCUUUUUAUAUUUACUCUCUGCAAAACUGCUAUAUUGCCAAAUUUGCAAUGGUGUCAGUCCUGCAAACACAAGAUAGCUCAAUUGCUGUCCAUCACAUUGUUUACAGCGUUACUAUAAUUGCAAAAUGUACUAUUAAUGUUUCCUAAAAAAUCAAAAACAUAAUUAGAAUAAAAACUCCUGCACCUGCAUCCCAAUUCUAUCAACAUGGACAUGAACUGUAAAUGCUGGUUUGGAUUUGAAGCUGUAUUGCAUACCAGAUCCAAGAUUGUGACACCAUCCCUGGUAUAUAUAACAUAUCCAUGAACGAAUGCUUCCUCUUCUUGAAUUGGCCAUGCUUAGUAAAUGCACUCUACAGAAAUCAGCAGUGUUAAGAUUGCGUGGAGUUUUCAUUUGAGAAUUGAUG